GCGGCAUCUGGUAUGGCUGUUACUGAUGAAUGUAAACUAAAAUUCCUGGAGCUGAAGACGAAGAGAAACUACCGUUUCAUUGUGUUUAAGAUUGAGAAUCACCAAGUGGUAGUGGACAAACUUGGAAGCCCACAAGAAACCUAUGAGGACUUUACUGCAUCUUUGCCUGCCGAUGAGUGCCGUUAUGCUGUCUUUGAUUUUGAUUUCACCACAGAUGAAAACUGCCAGAAAAGCAAGAUUUUCUUCAUUGCGUGGUCUCCGGAUACAUCAGUGGUGAGACAAAAGAUGGUGUAUGCCAGCUCCAAGGACAGAUUCAAGAGGGAACUUGAUGGCAUUCAGGUUGAGUUGCAAGCAACGGAUCCUAGUGAGAUGAGCUUUGAUAUCAUAAAAGCACGGGCAAUAUAA